AGGGAAGAGACACGGAGGAGCAUGGCGGCGUUGAACUGGAAACCGUUUGUGUACGGAGGUCUGGCUUCCAUCACUGCAGAAUGUGGUACUUUCCCAAUUGAUCUGACAAAAACGCGCCUGCAGGUACAAGGUCAAAAAAAUGAUGUGAAGCAUAAAGAAAUUCGUUAUCGUGGGAUGGUUCACGCUUUAGUGAAAAUAUUCAGGGAAGAAGGAUUGAAGGCCUUAUACUCUGGCAUCGCCCCGGCUAUGUUACGCCAGGCUUCUUAUGGAACCAUCAAAAUAGGCACUUACCAGAGCUUGAAAAGAAUAUUUAUCGAACGGCCAGAAGAUGAAACGUUGGCUGUCAGUGUAUUCUGUGGGGUCCUGUCUGGGGUCAUCUCAUCUUCCAUUGCUAACCCCACUGACGUCCUGAAGAUCCGGAUGCAAGUUCAAGGAAGCCUCGUGGCGGGUGGAAUGCUUGGGAACUUCAUGAAUAUUUAUCAGAAGGAAGGCACCCGAGGCUUGUGGAAGGGAGUCUCACUUACCGCUCAGAGAGCGGCGGUGGUGGUUGGCGUGGAGCUGCCCGUUUAUGACCUUACCAAAAAGCAUAUCAUCCUCAGUGGCUACAUGGGAGACACGGUGUACACUCACCUGCUGUAAGUCCUGAAGGGGAAGGGCAGCCCUGUUUUCAGAGAAGGGACGGAGAGGAUUGCCCCGAGGGUUUCUGAGACGGCGUCUCCUGCGCCGAGCGUGGAUUAUGGAAUAUUCAGAGGUUUUUCUCUUUAUUUUUUGUAGACCUGGAAGAACGAAGGUUUUUUCGCCUUGUACAAAGGAUUCUGGCCCAACUGGUUAAGGCUUGGGCCUUGGAAUAUCAUUUUCUUUGUGACGUAUGAACAGCUGAAGAAAUUGGAUUUCUGA